UAUAUUUACACAAUCUAAAAUAAAGUAGUAACGUGAAUAACGAAGCAAAAUGUGUUUAUUACAAUAACGGCCGAAAUGAAGUAAGCCCUGUGUGCGAUUGCGCGCUGCGCCGGAAGUGGUGCUAACGGUAGAUCUCCAGCGCACACAGCGCCACUGCGGCCUGUUUGUUGCGCAGUUGACGGAUUAUCCGCAUGAUGUUUAAUCAGCGGGAGCGCGCAGUGCAUAAGAACUGAACAGAUCGUCACGCACAGCUCUUCUAGUCCAAAAUGGCGCUAUGUUUACGUCUCUGUUUAAUCGUGUAUUAUCUCUAGCAAGUCUCAUGGAGCGCUUUGGUGAUUUUAUUCACUGGGAAAGAUAAUUUGACCUAAUAAACACCAGUGAUUAACGACAAACCGGACACUCGCAGAUCUGUGGCUAUAAAGUUGACCCGCAGCAUGCAGGCUGAGGCCACAGACUCCUCGCUGAGAGAGGGCAUAGAGGCUCUGGGUGUGAAGGACACAGUAAAACCUGCAGCAGUCAAAGAGGAAGAGGGCAACACAGAGCAACAGGACACGGAGAUGACGGCUGCCACAGAGGAGGACACAUCCACCAAGGAGGAAAAAGAUGGAGAAACAGAUGCAGUGGAAGGAGAGGCACAAAAGGAUGAAUCCCAGGCCCACAUGGGGGUGGACGGUGAAGAGGGAAAGCAGGCUGCAGGAGCGGAAAGCGAAUGGGAGAUUGCAUACAGUGACGAGGAAAUGGAGGAUCCCAAGAACUGGAUGCCCCCUCCAGCUGAGAUCAAAAGACUCUAUGAGCUCCUUUCUAAAGGGGAGAUGCUGGAAUUGAACUUUGUGCCCCUUCUGAGGAGGCCCCCUACACCCGAACGCAGCCCCUCACCGGAAAGGGAUGACGAGGACGAGGCAGCGAAGGAAAGAGAGAGAGAGGAGAGAGACCGCAGGCCUCCAACUCCAACUGAGUUUGACUUCGAUGAGGAGCAAACACAAGCCACUCCGAAAAAUGCCUUUGUGAACAGACGCAGAACACCAGGGUCUUCUGCCCGCUCUUCAGUGAAAAGGGAAGCUCGGCUGGAUAAAGUUUUGUCAGACAUGAAGCGCCACCGCAAAAUUGAGGAGCACAUCUUGCGCACGGGUCGGGAUCUCUUCAAGACCGAAAAGAAACUGGAGGAGGCUCUGUCUCCGAACAGCCAGAAGGAGCGGGAGAAGGAGAGGGAACGAGACAGCAACCCCAACACCAUCUUCUCCCCGAGGCAGAGGAGAUACUGAAGUAUUCAGAGACGAGGACUUGCCCACAGUGCAAAUAUGGCCAACAGCUUUCCGAGGCUUUCUCAAAACUUGAAUUUUUUAAUGUAACGAGUUUUGUAUGUUUUCUAUGUGUGUUUUGUAAGUUGGUAAUAAACAUUUUAACCUUG